UGAGAGUGUUGGAUCUCUCUUUAAUCCUUCCCCGUCGUCUUCGUUCUGAAAGCCAGGCGAAACAAAUCAAUGGGAGAUGCAUUGGUGGAACUUGAACAGAUUUUUCGGUCAAGCAAGUAUCAGUUAACACGUGAGGAAGAGAAUGUUUUCCGAACAUGCAGGGCAAGGGCAGUUAGGGAUUUUACUGUUGGAGCUUGUGUUGUAUCUGGUGCUAUAUGGACAGCUACCAGGAGUCUUCGUUAUGCAUUGCGGAUCAACCUGUCAGUAGGAGCUGCAGUCUUCUCUGGAGGUUGGAGAUUUAAUAGGUCCCUAGAUUCAUGCCUAGAUGAUAUUCUUUCACUUGAAGGAAGUCGCAUGCAGAAAGAGUUAGCUAAUCUAAUAUUGACAAAGUAUCGAGAUGAUCCAUGGCGAAUGCAACUUAUCAACAAACAUUUUUACCUGGAGAAAGUAUUUGACGAUUUAAGUGUAGAUAAGCCAAUAUCAAGGUGGCGUCAUCGAAAUUUCUUUGGUGAUAACGUUGCUCAGAGUAGGAGAGCACAAAAUGUUGAUACUGACAGCGAACUGACUGACAUGGAGCCCAAGCAGUCUGUUGUGAUGACCUCUGGUGUUGAUGUGAUUGCGGACCCUCUUGACUGUGUUUUUGGGGGAUCAUGGGGAAAUGGCGAGGAGAUCCAUCACCCUGACACUACUGGUGUUUCACCUAGGAGACGUAUCCGUGCUAACAAAAGAGCUCAUCGCCGGCAUCAAAUGCACCAACAGGAAGGUUCUUCAAUCUCUCAAUACGCACAAACCCAAGUCGAGUGAUGAUGAUGAAAAA